GCCCAACAAAUCCUUGAAAAUUGAAGGUUAUAAUAUUAUGCGGGUUAGGUGAAGCUUAAGCUAUUUGCCGCAAAUCUGUGGCUUUUGAGAAUGGCCUACUACGAUAUUGACGCGAUCCUCACCGACGCCCAAAAAAUCCCAUGCACAUUCGAGCUUGAUGUUCCCUCUUUAGGAUAUCUUGACAACAACGCCGCUACCCCUUUAAAGAAGCACACGCGCGUCGAUCUUCCUCUAUGGCUCGCCGAACUACUUGCCGUUUCCUCCUCUCCAUCUUCCCAGAAGUCUCUCGUUACCCUUGAUCUACCUGCUUGUCUUGCGCCGCGGGUUCUCAAUGCAUUAAAAGCCGACCCUAAGAGUGUUGACUUGCGCAAUUUAGCACAAAACUUUUAUGGAUUGGGCGUGAGAGUUUUGGAGUUAUUCGAAGAGGAAGAGGUUUGCGACGUAUUGAUGGAGAGUUGGAGGACAAGAGCUGGUGAAAUCAGUGAUCAUGCUGGAAGUGGAAGUGUAGGACAGAGUAAUGGCAGAGGCGGAGGAGAAGGCGUGGAGUUCUUGAGAGGUUUGGAUGAGGCGGAACGCGGGUUAUUUAAGGCGGCACACGAGGGAUCCAAGGCUAUGGGGAAAUGGAUGGGCGAGGUGAAAAAGGGGUAG